UACUGCUUGCUCACAUCCGGUCUUAUAUAUUUUGCCACGAGUUAGCGGCGAAUUUGGAGUGUCCAUUUUGAGCUGCGAGUCGGCGACCCACUGGUUUAUUCACGCAAAUCUCUUGAACAGAAACCAAUUUCAGAAUGGCAGACGCAGAGAAUCUGCUCAUGGAGACAUCGGAGCAGAACGGAGACGAGGACCAGAAUGGAGCCGAGCAGGAGCUGAUGGGAGGCGACGACAGCCAGGACAGCGGCACAGACGGUGGCAAGAUCGAUGCCAGCAAAGGAGAAGAGGAUGCUGGAAAAAUGUUUGUUGGUGGCCUCAGCUGGGACACGAGUAAAAAAGACCUGAAGGAUUACUUCAGCAAGUUUGGGGAGGUCUCAGACUGCACCAUCAAAAUGGACUCCAACACUGGCCGGUCCCGAGGCUUCGGCUUUGUGCUCUUUAAAGACUCUGCCAGUGUGGACAAAGUGUUGGAGCAGAAAGAACACAGACUUGACGGACGUCAGAUCGACCCGAAAAGGGCGAUGGCGAUGAAGAAAGAGCCUGCUAAGAAGAUCUUUGUUGGGGGGUUGAAUCCUGAAGCAACCGAGGAGGCUAUCAGGGAAUACUUUGGUGCUUUUGGAGAGAUUGAGACCAUCGAGUUGCCCAUUGACCCCAAAUCCAAGAAAAGGAGGGGCUUCAUUUUCAUCACGUAUAAAGAUGAAGCCAGCGUCAAGAAGUGUCUGGAGAAGAAGUACCACACCAUCGAAGGUGGCAGGUGUGAGCUGAAGAUCGCCCAGCCGAAGGAGGUGUACCAGCAGCAGCAGUAUGGGACGGGGCGUGGAGGAGGAUACGGAGGCCGAGGAGGAAGGGGCCGUGGAGGUCAGAGCCAGAGUUGGAACCAGGGCUACGGAAACUACUACCAGGGGUAUGGCAGUCAAGGCUAUGGCUACGGUGGAUACGGUGGCUAUGGCAAUUACGACUACUCUUCUGGUUACUAUGGAUACGGCACCGGAUAUGACUACAACCAGGGGAAUGCCAGCUAUGGUAAAACCCCGAGGCGGGGGGCACACCAGACCAGCUACAAGCCGUACUGAUGAUCACUUGGUGGCGGAAGGCUCCAGUGAUCCAGUAACACCGACGGCAGGACGGACACACUGGGCUCACUAAGACCUCUUUUAUGACAGAAGACCAUUUGUACAGAAAACAUCUGAAAUGUAACUUUUCCAUGUUUCUUUUUUUUUUUUUUUUUUUUUUUUUUUUUUUUUUUUUUUUU